AUGAAUCUUGACAAUUAUUUUCGUGAGUACAGUAAACUGACUUUAUUAACAUAUGUAGGAGAUAUUGGAGAAUGGCAAGAAGAUGGAUCAAUGAAGAUCAUAGAUAGGAAGAAGAACAUAUUCAAGUUGUCUCAAGGUGAAUAUGUAGCUGUCCAAAACCUCGAGAACACUUACUCAAGAUGUCCUCUCAUUGAUCAGCUUAAAGGAUUUGGAACGUUGAAAGCGAUUCAUUUGGAACCAAACCUUUUUGAUAUUGAACUACUCUAA